CGCUGGGUGCGUCAGGGGUCUUGUGGCAUAUUAUGAUGGGCAGGCAGCCAUUGAUACCGCUGACACCAAACGAGCGACUUUGUAGGAUGUUCUCCUCUUCAAGCAAGUGGGCAGAACAGUCAUUGUUCUGUUCUCAAUACAGUAACCGGAGCAACUUGGGUGGGUGAUGAAGGCUCCAUCAACGUUAUGACGAAGUUUUAAAAGCCCGAGAAGUGAACUCUCUGGCUGUAGUUCAAUUUAUUCAUGAUUAUCACUUGAACAGCCAAACACACUCAAAAAGUCCUACAGAUUCCAACAAGCAACUACGCACAUACACAUCCAACCCCGGUGCCUCAAAAGCAGAAUAGAUAUCAAGCUACAAAAUGCAUCUCACCAAGCUCGCCGCCUCGCUUUUGCUCCUGGCCUCGUCAGGGGUCUUGACAUCCCCGGUGCCAAACCACAACAAAGCUCAUAGAGUCACUACUCCUAAGAUCACUACUCCUAAGAUCACUACUCCAAAGAUCACCACUCCUAAAGUCACUACCCCGAAGGCUACCACUCCCAAGGUUACUACCCCCAAGGUAACCACUCCCAAGGCCACCACGCCCAAGGUUGCGUCCCCGAUCAGCCCGCCAGCGAAGCCCCUCGAUGGCUGCAACCUCCCCGGCAUCCGACGGCGCGGGUGCGACAGCAGCCCCUCGCCCGAGCCCGUCGGCGGCGGAACGAUCGAAAAGGGCAAAACGACAGCCGCCACGAUCGACCGCGGCCAAGGCAAAGUGGCCCUCCCAGCCAUGGGCACAAAGGAUGCGCCGGUGCACUCGAAAAACGUUCUCGACGCGGCCAGAAAUGCCGAGUCGAACACGGAAGAGAAGCCCAUCAACUCGCCGGCCGCGGCGGCCAAGCAGCGGGCCAAGACGACGAGCAAGACCGCGACCGAGAAGGGCAAGCACCGCGACGAGGAGCCGCCCGCUUUCUUGGAGCAGGAUGACAUCGGCAAGUCCACCGUCAUGACAGCGCCAGAGGACGAGUCGCAUCUCCAGUCCAAAACGGUAAAGAAGGCCAAGAAGCCAGCGGUAGGGCCCGAGGGCAGCAACAAGGGGCAGCUGGCCUUGAACACCGAGGAGGAGGGAAUUGUGACGGGCUCAAGACUUCGCCAGAUUGCAACGGGUCAGUCCGCAAGUGGUCAGUCUCAGUCUGGGCAGUCUGGGCAGUCUGGAGAACCACGUUACAACUUGCGGAAAAAUGAUGCUUAAAUUUAGGAGACUGGGAUAGACUGUGGUGGGUUGAGCCGAGUAUAGUUGAGUCUGGCACAAGCUUUGAGAAACAGGUGCUUUUGGGGUCUACUGAUUUGUAUACAUGGCACCUCACCUGAAAUUAGGUACGAAAGCAUUAGAUGCGAGAAUGAGUUAUAGAAGAUAAAGCAAAACCCUCUUUGUAGCAAUCAAAUUUCUGC